AUGACGUGUAGCAGAACAAAAGUAACUGCAAUAGUGACUGGCGUUUUAAGCCCUCAUUCUUCAAUGAAGAUUAUAGAUGACUUGAAAAGUAUAUCGAGUGUUAGUGUCUCUUGUGAUGCUAGCAAUCAUGGAGCAACUAAAUUAAUUCCUGUAUUGGUUCAGUAUUUCGAUUAUCGUGGUGAAGGCAUAAAGUCCAAGAUAUUAGACAUUGAAACAGUUUCCGAUCAAACUGCUGCAACUUUGGUGAGUUUAGUAAGUGAUCAGCUUCAAAAAUAUAAAAUAACAGAAAAAUGUAUUGCAUUCUCAGGAGAUAAUUGUAUUAAGAACUUUGGUGGUCGAGAAAGAGCUGGAACAAACAAUAUGUUUUUUAAACUGAAGCAAAAAUUAGGCAAAGUCAUUAUAGGUAUUGGUUGUCCUGCUCAUGUACUCAAUAAUGGUGUUCACCAUGGAUGUGACAUUCUGCCCAUAGAAGUGGAAUUAAUUAUAGUGAAAAUUUAUAAUCAUUUUUCUACUUACACUGUUCGAACAGAAAAACUGCGACAGUUUUGCAAUGAUAUUGGCAUGGAGUAUACUCAACUUCAGUCUCACUCCAAGACACGCUGGUUAAGUCUUUUUCCGGCAAUCGAAAAACUUUUGAAAUACCAUGAGCCAUUAAAAGAAUAUUUUUUUACUUUAGAUAAACCCCCACAGUACAUUAUGCAGUUUUUUAACAAUGAGUAUGCCGAGGGUUAA